AUGGAGAAUCAAAUCCCAGACCAAGAAAGCAUCUCAUGUUUGCAGUCUUCCCACGUGGAUGCAUUUUCUCAGUCUCAGCUUACUGUUCAAGAGAUUGAUCAUCUGGGAUCUAAUAAAGUCUUCCAUCAGAAAGUUAAUCACAGUGUUAUUUCCCUCCCACCUCUGGAAGGCCAAGCAAAGCAUGGUUUGGGUGCAGACACUGCAAAGCCGCCCUGCCUUGAAAGGUGCCUGCCUCAAAUAACAAAAAAGAGCCUGCAGAAUGUGCUCCCCUCUCUUCAGGAAAACAAAACUCAACGUCAUUUUUUGCAAUUUAACCUUCCUGACAGUCUUCCUGAAAGUGAUACUAGAGACCAAGAAAAACCACCAGAAUUGGAAAGCACAAGCACUAAUGUCAAACUGCCUAUGACAGCAUCAGAAGCCUUGAAAUAUUUUAGAAACCAGUUAACAGUCUAUGAGCAAAAAGAAAUUUUCAAUUAUACAGAGCUAUGGUUUCUUGGGCUGGAAGCUAAAAAGAUUGACAGUUUGCCUGAAACCCAGAAUAAUUGUUAUGAUGAUGAACAUGGUUCCUACUUAAAGGUUUUACAUGACCAUAUUGCAUACCGAUAUGAAGUGCUGGAGAUCAUUGGGAAAGGGUCAUUUGGGCAAGUGGCUAAAUGUUUGGAUCAUAAAACCAAUGAAUUAGUGGCAGUGAAAAUAAUAAGGAAUAAGAAAAGAUUUCACAGCCAGGCCUUGGUGGAAGUGAAGAUCCUUGAUGCUCUUCUGAAGAAGGACAAAGACAAUACUCACAAUAUCAUCCACAUGAAGGAAUACUUCUACUUUCGCAAUCACUUCUGUAUUUCCUUUGAACUGCUGGGAAUAAAUUUAUAUGAGUUAAUAAAAAAGAACAAUUUCCAAGGCUUCAGUUUAUCUUUAAUUCGACGCUUCACUCAGUGUGUGCUGAGAUGUCUACAAAUGCUCUACCAGGAAAGAAUCAUUCACUGUGAUCUGAAACCUGAGAACAUAUUAUUAUACCACAAAGGCCAAGGUUCAGUUAAAGUUAUUGACUUUGGAUCAAGCUGCUAUGAACACCAAAGAGUGUACACAUAUGUUCAGAGCCGGUUUUAUCGCUCCCCUGAAGUGAUUCUUGGUCAUCCUUAUGCUAUGGCUGUUGAUAUGUGGAGCCUUGGCUGUAUAAUGGCUGAGCUUUACACAGGCUACCCACUGUUUCCAGGAGAAAAUGAAGUUGACCAACUUGCCUGCAUCAUGGAGGUAUUGGGUCUUCCGCCAGUUGAUUUUAUCGAGGCUGCAUCAAGAAGGCAAACAUUCUUUGAUUCCAAAGGUUUACCUAGAUCUAUAACCAACAGCAAGGGGAAAAAGAGAUGCCCAGACUCCAAAGAUCUAAGCACAUUGUUGAAAACCCAUGAUGCUGCUUUCCUGGACUUUCUAAAAGGAUGUCUAAUGUGGAAACCUGCCCUGCGUAUGACUCCAGAUGAAGCAAUGAAGCAUGCAUGGAUUCAGGAACCAAAUGCAUUCAGAGCAACACAGAAAACACAGAUCUCAAGGAAGAUGAAUGAUGGUUCUUUCUUUACACCAGAAAAGAGAAAAGAGAAUAUUUAAAAUAUCUGUCAAGACACUGUUGAUGAAGCAAAAAAUGAACUGCCUGAAAGACUGACUCCCACUAUGCCCUCCACAGGCUCAAUAGAAAAUGAAGUGCAGAACACAAGGAAACCUGUUAUUCCAGAGAAACAAUUGAAGACCCAGGUGGAAAAGGGUAUCAAAAAAAGUCAAGCAGAACACAGUGGUGAAAGAGCUCUUCAGAAAAAUUCUUUUUUUUUCCCACUAAUUAAGUAAUAUUUAAUACAAGCAAUGAUUGGUUCAGCCCCAUACCUAGCAUAUUUUGUAGGUAUGUACGCAGGAAUAUUACUUUAAGCUGCAUCUCUAUAUAUAUGGGCUGCAUAUAUUGUAGAUACUCUUAAUGUUCUUUUUACCCUGAAACAGUCCAAGCAGAAACAAAAUGUGAAAAACAUUCUUUUUCCUCACUAACAUCUUUGCUAUGAUCAGAGAUCCUUCAUAGCUAGCAGCACUAUUGCUAAUAAAUUGGAGAGUGCAGAGGUGGAGAGCAGCUUAUACUUAAUAUUAUAAUAGACUUUUGAAUUUAAGGGUUUUUGCUUCCUGGAGCUAACCAAACAAAUACAUUGAUCAAAGAAUCUGAAUCCUUUCACUUAUAUCAUCAUAAAUCAGGAAGAAUUCACAGAUAGGAUUACUGGUUUACUUUUGUAUAAAUAGUAAAAGAAAUCAAACUCAGCAUCUCCAUCUUCCUCCCUUUCUCCCUCUCUCUGAAUGAAGCACUAGAUGGAAGCCAUUGGCAUCUCUUCUUAGUAGACUUAGAAAUGUAUAUUAUGUUCUUUAGCUCUUUAGCAGCUACAAAGAGGAAUCAUAUUCUGUGCCUACUUCUGCAGGGAACCCACUCUGUAUUCAUAUCAACAAAAAGGAUGGAUUUCAGCGAAUUUUAAUUCAAGUAAAUUGUCCUCCAUAUGGAGUUUUAGUUAAUGCUCUGGAAGGACAGUUUUCUAUGACUCCUGAGCAGAGUCAUAAUUAAUUUAAAUAUUAAGCUCAUUGGACAAUUUAAACAUUAAGUUCUUUUCUUUGCAUUUAUAAAGUACCCAUUUCAUUAUGACUCUUAUCCUUUACUGUGGUGUACAGAUAGUACUGAAAUUUUUUUGAAAAGGAAAUUGUCGUAGAGACUAAGUAAUUGUAGGUGUCAAGAGUCACCAUAACAGCAAGUUCCCACAGGUGCUAUUUGCAAAGGAAAAAUCCGCAGGACAUGAGAACUCUCAUAACACAGCUCUUGCAUUCAAAUGAGUUAACAAGCCAUCUGGUAGGGUACAGAGGUGACUCCAUGACAAAAGGCCUACUGCAGUGUGCUUUCCUACUGAGAACAAAGUUAAUAGUAAGAGUGAUCUCAGAAGAACUGGAGCACAGAAAACAGUCUGCAAGAUACAGUGUGAUCAUUCUGUUGGUUUCAGGCAAGUCCCGAGACUCAUGAAGAAUCAUCUGGAAGACAGGUAACCCAAGCAGGGCAAUAGCCCAUUACUGAAUGUAAUUGAGCAGUGAAUUAUAGAAGUAUUUUGGCAGACAAAUAUCAUCCUUGUGUGAUAAAGCCAUCGCUGACAGGCUGCUCAGCUUGCAGUACCAGAAUGUCUGUACCUCUGGCUUCAAACACACUCCUUUGCAGUUCAGCCAUCCUCGAGACUACAAAAAGCUCCCAUAUUGACCAGAGUGAUGUGCUAGGAGAUAUGAGUUCUCUUGUGCAUCACAUUUCUUUCAUUACAUAGACUAUCCAGGGCAGGUGAACAUCUUGCAGAACAUAGCGAUGAAGAUGUGGGCAGAGUCUCAUAAUGUUUCACAGAGAAGGAGUUCCACCACGAUGAGAGCUGAACGAUUCAUAGUUUGUUACACAGAGUAUUCAGAUAAAGUGUUGUAGAUAUUUGAGAAUGAUUUGGGCUGUUUGCAGGUAACACAGAAGAAGCCAAGGGUUUAUGUUAAGUGCAAGGGUUCCAUGAAGACUAAUAACAGCAAAAGAGUAUCCUGAUACCAUGUAUCGUAAUAGACCAGAUUCUUCACCUUUGGAACUAGGAUUUGUACUGUUUCGAUUCACUUGCUGUUCAUUUUCCGUUUCUGUUGUGGCAUGUUCACAUGACUGCUUAGAUUCUUCCAAGUUAAAAUAUCUCUUACCGGACUUAUGCACUUGUGUAUUUGUCUUUACCUUAGAGGCAAAGUUUGAGGUCAAUUAUACCAAGCUGUUCUUGAUAGUAUUGCUUAGUCAUAAUGAAGCUGUAAACCAAGUCUGACGUACGGGCUCGUUUACUGUAGCUGCGUUUUCUUCACAGUUAAUGCAUUUCAACAGCCUUUUGUAGCAAGCAGCAUCAUAUUACUUCUCAUGGCAUAUGCUGAUGGGUUUUUCAAAGUAUUAAGUAGAAGAGAGAGAUCCUAUUAGUGUCACCAGUGGAAAAGCAGAAUAAUUUGGUUAUGGUCAGUUCUCUCUUUGCACACUAAGCAGUAUGAAACCCUAACUGGAUAGUCAGCGCAUGCAUCUUUGUGCAUCAUUUGAAGGACGUGCUGUUCCUUGUCCAGAGGGCAAACCAAACAAAGGCAGGUAGAGGAUGUGGGACAUGGAAGGAGCUGGGGAUAUUGCAGUGGAGAUAACUGGGUUGAGAGGGUGUAUGGCUAGAGUGGGCAUCCAUAGUAUGGGACCAAUAGGGGAAGUGGAAGGAAAUAACAACGUUGAGGUGAACAGAAGUUGCAAAAGCCAGCACUGCUGCAACCGUUGGUGUUUACAGGAUGUAGGACACAAAACUGCAAGAAAUCAAGUGGUGAGAACACAACUGUUCAGUGAAUAAAUGCUUAUAUUGCUUCUCUAUUUGAAACCCCUGAGAAAACGUCUGUAAAAACUAAUGGUAAUACAUACUCCUAGGUCCUGCUGCCUCUCAGGAAUUUAAGCAUUUUUCAAAAAUUACACUCCACUGCCCCUCUUAGGAGGCUGCCUAAGUAUCGCAGUCAUAAGUCACACCCACAGUCACUGCUAGAGCACAGAACAGACCAUGAAGAUUGUAACUCUCGUGCCCUGUUCUUCCAUGUGCUUCAGCCCUGAAGUUAGUUCUUUUAUUCGGGGGUCA